ACACGCGCAGCACCAACCCGGACAUGAAGUCCUCUUUCCUCCUGCGCGCGCCGGGGACCGCGGCUUGUUCCUUGAGAGGAACUACAUUUCCAUGACGGCAUUGGAGGAGGAGGGGAGGAGGGGGGGGGGGAAGAGGAGGGGGAAGAGGAGGAGGAGGAGGAGGAAGGGUGGGAGGAGUGUGGAGGACGGGGCGUCUUCGCGCGGCGGAGAGGCAACAAGUGUCUCCGGUGCGUCGCGGGGCGGGUCCUCCGCCGUGUUCCGCAGGUGGUCACAGCUCCGUGAUCAUGAGCGCGCGCAGCAGCUGGUAGUCCGGAGCUUCCCCGUCGAGCCGUUUCCUCGUGACCGCGGACAGAGAGCUGAGGUCCAGCUGGUCACCCAGGCGCUCCUCUACGGGCACGCGCCCGCUGGACUUUUUAAUACUUAAAAAAAAUCAUUUUAUUGUUUGUUGUUUCCCGCGUUGCGCAUGAUGGCGUUCGCUCGGUUCAGCCGCAUCCUCCGGCUGCCCGCCCUGGACAUCAAGAAGAAGGUGAAGCAGUACGAGCACGUGCACCGGGACAUCAACCCCAACGACCUGUGGGAGAUCCUCGGGGAGCUCGGCGACGGCGCGUUCGGGAAGGUCUACAAGGCUAGGAACAAGGAGACGGGGGCUCUGGCGGCCGCCAAGGUGAUCGACACUAAGUGCGAGGAGGAGCUGGAGGAUUACAUCGUGGAGAUCGACAUCCUGGCGAAGUGCGACCACCGCUACAUCGUCAAGCUGCUCGACGCCUUCUACCACGACAACAAGCUGUGGAUCAUGAUCGAGUUCUGCCCCGGAGGCGCCGUGGACGCCAUCAUGCUCGAGCUGGACCGCGGGCUGACGGAGCCGCAGAUUAAGGUGGUGUGUCGAGAGAUGCUGGAGGCGCUGGACUACCUCCACCGGAUGAAGAUCAUCCACCGGGACCUGAAGGCCGGCAACAUCCUGCUCAUGCUGGACGGGGACAUCAAACUGGCUGAUUUCGGCGUAUCGGCGAAAAACUCAAAAACCCUCCAGAGGAGAGACUCUUUCAUUGGAACGCCGUACUGGAUGGCGCCCGAGGUGGUGAUGUGUGAGACCAUGAAGGACGCGCCCUACGACUACAAGGCCGACGUGUGGUCUCUGGGCAUCACGCUGAUCGAGCUGGCCCAGAUCGAGCCCCCGCACCACGAGUUGAACCCCAUGAGGGUCCUGCUGAAGAUCGCCAAGUCGGAGCCGCCCACCCUGGAGCAGCCGCACAAGUGGUCCCAGGACUUCAAGGACUUCCUGAAGAAAGCUUUGGACAAGAACCCAGAGACUCGGCCGUCCGUCGGGCAGCUGGCCGAGCACCCGUUUGUGAAGUCGGUGACGACGAACCGUCCUUUGCGGGAGCUGGUGGCCGAGGCCAAAGCCGAGGUCAUGGAGGAGAUAGAGGACGAGGACGGAGAGGAGGACGACGCCCUGGAGCUCCCCGUGUCUCCAGGAAAGGAACCGUGCCACACCAGUCAGACCAGUCUGGAAGGAGACCGGUCUGUGGACGCCUCGAGCCCCACCAAGACCUCCCCCGUGACCUCGCCCAUGACCUCACCUGUGACCUUCCCCGUGACCUUCCCUAUGACCUCCCCCACCACUCCAACGCCUCUGCCUAAGGAGGCCGAGGCGGAGCCACCGACCGAGGUGGUCCCGGUGGUCCCGCGGCUGCACCCCCCUCGGAGGGAUCCGGAGGAGUCGGAGGACAAACUGGGCGAUGACGUCAUCCUGGAGUCGGAGAGCGAGGCGUCGACCAAGACCUCCAGCUGCGACUCUGGGAUCGAGGACGGGAAGAGCAGCCCCACCUCGGAGGAGAAGGUUUCUCUGGAGGCCCCCGAGACGAAGACCCCCCCCCUGGUGGCCGAGGAGGGGAGCGGCGCGCCGGCUGACGGGGGGCCGCCGGGUCCCGCGGCCUUCUUCACGCCGGUGAAGAAGCAGUCUGAGCAGAAUGGGACCCCGACCAGGGGGGCCCCGAAGAGGACCCCGCUGGGAGGGACCCCGGAGGGGGGGUCUCCCUACAUCACGGGGGGGAUCGUCAAGAAGAGGUCCUCGUAUUCGGGCAGCGUGGCGUCGGAGAGCAUGGACCACAAGGAGACCAUCUCCAUGUGCGCCCGGGACUUCUCCAGUAAGACCCUGAAGAGAACCAGGAAGUUUGUGAUUGACGGCGUGGAGGUCAGCGUGACGACCUCCAAGAUCAUCCGGGACGACGAGAAGAAGGACGAGGAGAUGAGAUUCCUGAGACGUCAGGAGCUGCGUGAGCUGCGCCUCCUGCAGAAGGAGGAGCAGCGCGCUCAGGCCGGCCUGAACGCCAAGCUGGAGACGCAGAGGGAGCAGAUGCAGCGGCGCAUCGACCAGGAGAUGAACACCAAGAAGAAGCACUACGACGUGGAGCUGGAGAACCUGGAGAAGCAGCAGAAGCAGACCAUCGAGAAGAUGGAGAGCGACCACCACGUGAAGCUGAAGGACGAGACGCGGCGCAUCAGAGGGGAGCAGGAGCGCGAGCACCACCGCUUCCACGAGCUGAUUAAGCAGAAGAAGAGGGAGGUCAAGCUGGCGGUGGACAAGCUGCCCAGGAACCAGCGCAAAGAAUCCCUGAAGAUGAAGAUGAAUUCCUACCAGGAGACGAAGACUAAAGACAAUCAGCAGCUCAUCAGAGAGCGCGAGGCCACCAUCUGGGACCUGGAGAAGAGGAACCUGUACGAGAAGCACCAGCUGAUGAAGCAGCAGCUCAAGGACCAGUACUUCCUCCAGAGGCACCAGCUGCUCAAGAAGCACGAGAAGGAGCAGGAGCAGAUGCAGUGCUACAACCAGCGGAUGAUCGAGAUCCUGAAGGCCAAGCAGCAGCAGGAGAAGAGCCGGCUGCCCAAGAUCCAGCGCGGCGAGGCCAAGACCCGCAUGGCCAUGUUCAAGAAGAGCCUCCGCAUCAACGGCGGCGGCGGCUCGGAGGACCGCGACAAGGUCAAGCAGUUCUCCCUGCAGGAGGAGCGGCGGCAGAAGGCCGAGCGGCUCCACCAGCUGCAGAAGCACGAGAACCAGAUGAGGGAGAUGAUCGGCCAGUGUGACGGGAACAUCCGGGAGCUGCAGCAGCUGCAGAAUGAGAAGUGCCACCUGCUGGUGGAGAACGAGACUCAGAGGCUGAAGCAGCUGGACGAGCAGCACAACCAGCUGAUGAAGGACUGGAGGGACCAGCUGAAGCCGCGCAAGAUGGCCCUUGAAGAGGAGCUGAAGAUGAAGAAGAAGGAGCAGAAGAUUUUCUUCCGGACGAGUCAAAGUUCUGAAAACCCGAGUUCCCCCAACAAGCUCUCCAAGCUUGUUCCCUACCAGGACUCGUCCACGAUAUGAGACACACAACAUGUACACGACAUGAGACACACAACAUGUACACGACAUGAGACACACAACAUGUACACAACAUGAGACACACAACAUGAGACACACAACAUGUACACAACAUGAGACACACAUGUACACAACAUGAGACACACAACAUGUACACGACAUGAGACACACAACAUGUACACAACAUGAGACACACAACAUGUACACAACAUGAGACACACAACAUGUACACAACAUGAGACACACAUGUCCACGACAUGAGACACACAACAUGUACACAUGACACACAACAUGUACACGACAUGAGACACACAACAUGUCCACGACAUGAGACACACAACAUGAGACACACAACAUGUACACAACAUGAGACACACAACAUGUACACAACAUGAGACACACAUGUCCACAACAUGAGACACACAACAUGUACACAACAUGAGACACACAACAUGUACAUAACAUGAGACACACAACAUGUACACAACAUGAGACACACAACAUGUACACAACAUGAGACACACAACAUGUACACAUGAGACACACAACAUGUACACAUGAGACACACAACAUGUACAUAACAUGAGACACACAACAUGUACAUAACAUGAGACACACAUGUACACAACAUGAGACGCACAUGUACACAACAUGAGACGCACAACAUGUCCACGACAUGAGACACACAACAUGUACACAACAUGAGACACACAUGUACACAACAUGAGACGCACAUGUACACAACAUGAGACGCACAACAUGUACACAACAUGAGACACACAACAUGUACACAACAUGAGACACACAACAUGUACACAACAUGAGACGCACAACAUGAUGCACACCACAUAACAUACCCAUUAUAACCCCCCCCCCACCGUACAGGAGCCUCCUGCCUCACUUUUAAUUAUCCUUUAAUGUUUUAGUGAAUAUUUUUUUACUAAAGUUGUUUUAAGGUUGUUAGUUUUAUUUUUAAUUGUCGUAUUUGAUGAUUUAAAUCUCUUCAGACUCGCCGUGCGUCAAAGAGAUUUUAAUCUCCUGCCCAAAGAAACGUGAAGUAAAGUAGUUCUUGGUCUUAUGAAGAUUUAUUGAAGAGGAAAUAAUAUUUAGUUUGGCAUAAUUUAUUUUUGUAAGAGGACCGAGAGCCGGGACACGAGCGCUUCCUUUAAACGAUCAGCCUCCCAACAAUAGAACCAAAUACACCCACAAUCAUCUUCCUGUUCUACUUCCUGUCUGUCUCGGUGACUUCCUGUUGUUCUACUUCCUGUUCUACUCCUUGUACGCCUCGGUCACUUCCUGUCUGUCUCGGUGACUUCCCUAUGUUCUACUUCCCGUUCUACUCCUUGUAAGCCUCGGUCACUUCCUGUCUGUCUCGGUGACUUCCUGUUCUACUUCCUGUUCAUGUCACUUCAUGUUGUACUUCGUCACUUCCUGUCUGUCUCGGUCAUUUCCUGUCUGCCUCGGUCACUUCCUGUUGUAUUUCCUGUGCUUCUACUUAAUGUACGCCUCGGUCACUUCCUGUCUGCCGCAGUCACUUCCUGUUGUACUUCAUGUCGUUCAACUUCAUGUAGGCCUUUGUCACUUCCUGUCUGCCUCGGUCGCUUCCUGUUCUACUUCCUGUCUGCCUCGGUCACUUCCUGUCUGCCUCGGUCACUUUCUGUCUGCCCUGGCUCGUGACCGUCGGGUCCAUAAGUUAUAGCUGAAAAUAUCUGCUCUUAUUUAUUUUCCACAUCCAGAUUCAUCACUGUACAUUUAGAUAUAUUCUGUUUUUCUUAACUGGCUUGAAGUCUUAAGUUGUUCUAACAGGGAUGAAUCCAGAUAUUAUUUAGUAUUUUUAUCGAUUGCGUGGGAACGAUGAGGCGGAUGAGACUCGUUGAUGUUCAGUUUGUUGCUCUUGUGACUUUGUAUUUGUAUUUUACUGUAACUCACACUGGAGGAGCGAGAAGCCAAAGCAACAGACUGAGGGGGUAAAUUAAAUGUAUGAUUAUUAUACGAGCUGCCUGCUAACCAAAGUGCAAUAGUACAAGUCUUAAAGAGCUUAAAGUUUCUUUUUCUUAAACUUGGUCUUCCUUUGCACUGAGAGGGAAUAAUAAUAAUUAACUCCAGGAACAGAUUUAACAUUUUGAAAGGGAAAUUAUUCAAUCUUCAUACUCGAUAAUAUUUUGAAAGCAAUGAUUGAAUUUUUCAAAUCGUAUGAUUUUAUAACAUAACUCUUAAUAUCAUUUUGUGAUUUAACUUUGCAGCUGAGGAAGUGUUGUGUUAGUCUUCGGCCUGCAGAGUGAGAGCAGGUCACCGGGUACAGCUUUAACUUCUCAAAGGUAUUUAAAUUAGUUGUAAAGUCUUUUUUUCCACGUUUAACGGCUUUAAUGUACGCCUCAGUUUACAUGACGUUGUUUGGAGGGGUUAUGAGUUAUGAGUGAAUGAAGUUGUAACAGAAGGAACCACUGUUGUAAAAUACUCAAUAAAAGAUUUUUUUUAACUAGUG